AUGGCGAUGAACAGUCAUGAUUUUUCAUCUAUCGAUAUAGAAGAAACAAAUGAAGAUGAAGCACAAGCAGAAGUGAUGUUCGCUAAGCGACGCUGCUGUUUCUGCUUGCCGCAUUUGAAUUCGCCUGAUUCGUCGUCUCCGGCGGCCGGGAGUCGGUGGUGGAGCAAGUUCCGGUCACCGGAGAACAACGACGGCGUAUGGACGCGGGGGAUUGAGUCGGUGAAGAAGGUUCGCGAGUGGUCCGAAAUUGUCGCGGGGCCGAAGUGGAAAACUUUCAUCCGGCGGUUUAAUCGGAGUAGUAAGAGCGGCUUAGUGAGCAGUAAGAGUUCGAAGUUUCAGUAUGAUCCGUUGAGUUACGCGCUUAAUUUCGAUGAAGGACCGGGGCAGAACGGCGAUUCGGAUCAGGUUGAUGAUUAUUUGUGUCGCAAUUUCUCGUCGAGAUAUGCUAAUGUGGCGAAAGCAUCGGCUGAGAACGAUGCGAAGAUUGUGAAAAGUUUGAUUUGAAGAUUGAGCGGAUUAAUGUAUUCGAUAGAUGGAGGAUAUAUUUUUUGAUGUGUAAAUGAGUGCAUAUGAAUAAAUACUUUGAUUGAUUCAA